GUGCUCAUAAAUUUAAUGCAAAAACUUGGCGGUACGGUACGGUGCGGUACAUCGGGAGUUGACACGGACGUUUUGAUCGGGAGUUGCUCGUCUUGUAAUACACUUUGACUUGUAGCUCAAGUGACGACAUGGCGCUCCCUGCCACAUUUAGGAAGCUGGUCUGCAGCAAGUUGACUCAACACUUCAGAGAUGCAGUGUCGAUACAAACGCUUCCUAUGCUCAAACCAGGUCCACAAGACGUGCUUGUUCGUAAUAGAUUCACUGGAAUCAAUGCCAGCGAUAUCAACAAGACAGCUGGCCGAUAUAACCCAGCAGACAAGCCCCCCUUUGACAUCGGUUUUGAGUCUGUGGGUGAAGUUGUUGGCGUCGGUAGCGAAGUGAAACAUGUCAAGGUUGGACAGGGUGUGUGCUUCAUGCAAAAUGGAACAUUCUCGGAAUAUCAGGUUCUUCCAGCUAAGUUGGCCAUCCCAGUCCCCUCAGUGCAGCCUGAGCAUCUUGGUCUGUUAGUAAGCGGAAUGACGGCUGAUUUAAGCCUAAGAGAGUGUGGAAAGAUAAAAGAAGGGGAAACUGUUCUGGUGACAGCUGCUGCAGGUGGCACAGGACAGUUUGCGGUUCAAUAUGCUAAACAGGCUGGAUGUCAUGUCAUAGGAACGUGCUCAUCAGAUUCAAAAGCUGAAUUCUUGAAGAGUCUUGGUUGUGACAGGCCCAUUAAUUACAAGACGGAAGACUUGGGCCAAGUGCUGAAGAAGGAAUACCCUGGUGGAGUGGAUGUGGUGUAUGAAUGUGUUGGUGGAGAUAUGUUUCAUACUUGUCUUCGCAGCUUGGCCCCUAGAGGGCGACUUAUCAUCAUCGGCUUUGUCUCUGGAUACAAGGAAUCGCAGAUUGCAGCGCCGACGAUCAAACCCAAUGAAUUGAUGGGGCUGCUUGCGAAGUCUACCAGCAUCACCGGUUUCUUCCUCUUUGCAUUCGCUAAUCAGUGGCAGGAGUCAUUUGCUAGACAAGCCGCUCUCUUUGCUAAGGGAGCAGUCAAAGUGGGCGUUGAUCUUGGCAAGAAUAGUGAGAAGGGAGCAUUCAAAGGAGUGGAUGGAAUCAUGGAUGCACUUGAUUAUAUGUAUAGCGGCAAAAGUCAGGGAAAACUUGUGGUGGAGGUGAAUGAACCCCUUCCAUCUCCAGGAUUGUGAUUGGCUACUCAGCAAGAUUAAAGAGCUAUGAUUGGUCAAUUUAAAACAUCAAAGGAAGAUGAUUGGUCAGCCAAUAAAGAUAGUAAAUCGACUGGAAAAUAUUGAUAAUAGAUAUAGGUUAUAGGCAGUGGUAUAAAGAGGAGAAACAAGUUAUUUUUCAGCUAUAAUUUGAUUAAAAAAAAAUGUUUUCAUUAGUUAGCAAAGUUACAUUCCAUGACAACUCAUUUCAGAGAAAUCUGAAAGAUAUUACUUAGUUUUUGCAUAAUAAUUUAUAUUUUUUUCAAUAAACUUGAAACUAGCCACGGCGUAAAGAUUUCAUUGUCCUUUCUGAGCGUGACCUCCUGAGGGCGCUGUUCACCAUGUAAUGAAUGGACCUUAACAUUUCAAAUUGCCGAGGAAACAAUUUUUUUUUUGUAGUAAAGGCAGUGUUACAAUGGAAUUCUGUCAGUUCAAAAGCCAUUCAUGAGAAUUGAUUCCAUUUGGGCUUAAAGGGAAAAUACAACAUUUGCAAACA